AUGAUGAAUGGCGAGGGCUCGAUUCGUGCCGAUGAGUUUUUGGAUCGCUAUAGCGGUGCAUUCUCAAACGAAGAUGCCGAUGACGAUAACAAUGAUGAUCAUGAAAGCACGAGAAGCGCCACCAACACCAACUCCGAAGGCCGCUCGGAUGAGCGAGAGUUUACGGAUGAACUUUUGAAGCGAGAGAAGCAAGCCGUCCAGUGCGCUCGCAGGGCUGUGAUUGGUGCCAUUGUCGUGGCUGCCAUUGCCGUUUCUGCCGCGGUCUACGUGUUUGCCGACCGAGGUGACAAGAGGACCUUUGAAAUCGAGUAUGAUCGAGUCACUCGUACUUUGGUCGACCAGGUUCAGUGGCAAGUCCAGUACAACUUCGCCCUCAUGCAAAUGUUGAGCGCCGAAAUGACCACCGCUUCCAUGCUCGUCGAUGCACAGUUCCCCAACUUUACCCAUCCGCACUUUGAAGUCCACGGCGGCUAUACGGAUGGGAUGGGUGGUAUCAUGAUGUCCGCCUUUGUCCCGCUCGUAGAUGGCUCCAAGCAGUCAGAGUGGGAAGCCUAUGCUCAAGGACAUCAGGGAUGGCUCAAUGAGAGUGCCCGUCUGAGGGAAGUCCAUCCCAUCCACCGUGAUCCACUCCACGGGACAUUUCAGUCAUAUGAGGGAGAUCGUCGUCGUCGCCUCCUCCAACCUCCUCCACAACCACGUCAACUUCAGUCUUCCCACAACAACGAUCUCAUCCUCAUUCCCAAUGUCACACAAAACCGCAUCUCGGAAUCCAUCUUUUGGCUCGAACAAGACGGUACCAAAACACCUCUCCAAGGCAAACCGGGGGAUAUCUUUGGUCCUCUCUGGCAGUCUUCUCCUCGCAAUGCCGACGUGGUCAAUGUCGAUCUGCUCUCCGAUCCACGCCUCAAGCAAUUGCACAAAAUCAAUCUCGCGGUCAAACACACAGUCAUGAGUGCUGCCACCGAAAUUGGGCUACUCUUUGAUUGGAUGUUUGAUGAUCACGAAAAGGAACGCAAGCUCGAGCCACAUGCCUUUCUCAUGGACCUGGUCUACCCGAGGUAUGAUACCACAGAGACCGUCGUGGAGGGUCAUGUGGUACGGGAAAUGGACCCCAUUGGAUUCGUCUUGGGCUUGACGUCGUACCGAAACUUUUUCGACAAGAGUUUGCCCGACGGAACCAAUGGCAUCAUUUGUGUCGUCGAUGAAACCUGUGCACAGCCGUUCACGUAUGAAGUCUAUGGAAAGAAGGGUGACUUUAUUGGAUACGGCGACAGGCAUGACCCCAAGUAUGAUCAUUACCGAGUUACGGUGCCUUUGGAGUUGUACGAUGAUGUCCACGAAAACGAGGGUCUUUGCCCUCAUACUCUCAACAUCUACCCCAGUGUUGUCUUUGAGGAAGAAUACAAAACCAAUCACGCAAUGAUUUUCACAACCCUGGUUCUGGCCGCAUUCGGCGUCACGGCCGUGAUCCUCUUUGUCUAUGAUUUGUUGGUGACACGCCGUCAAAACAGAACAAUGGAAGCCGCCAUCAAGAGUAACUCGAUUGUUUCCGGGCUGUUUCCAAAGGCCGUUCGCGAUCGAUUGAUGGCCGAGGACAGCAGCAAAGCCAAAAAAAGCACCAAAGAUUCGAGCUUCUUGCACAGUGAAGUGACCAAGCAUGGGCAGUUCAAGACGGCCCCAAUCGCCGAUUACUUUGCCGAAACAACCGUGAUUUUUGCCGACUUGGUUGGAUUCACAGCUUGGAGCUCUGCACGUGGGCCGGAACAGGUGUUCACCCUACUUGAGACUAUCUACCAUGCUUUUGAUGAAAUUGCCUCGCAGAGAAAAGUAUUCAAGGUCGAGACGGUGGGAGACUGUUAUGUUGCGGUAACAGGGUUGCCAAAUCCGAGAAAGGAUCACGCCCUUUUGAUGUGCAGGUUUGCCAGGGAGUGCAUGCAGAAGAUGUGGUCGGUUGUGAAAAAGCUGGAGACGUCUCUGGGACCUGACACGGCAGAUCUGACUUGCCGAAUGGGGAUUCACUCUGGCCCCGUCACCGCUGGAGUGCUUCGAGGAGAGCGGUCUCGUUUCCAGCUCUUUGGCGACACGAUGAAUACCUGCGCAAGAGUCGAAACUCUGGGAGAAAAGAACAAGAUUCACAUCUCUCAAGAAACUGCUGAUCUGUUGAUUGCUGCGGGCAAAAACGGAUGGAUCAGCCCGCGAGAAGACAAGAUUGAUGCGAAGGGAAAGGGCUUGCUGCAAACUUACUGGCUGGAGCUGGACGAUCGAUCGGAAACAGCGUCAAGUUCCAAUGACGGCGGCUCAGUGGCAAGCUUUGUAGACGAAGCGCAAGACGAUGAAGCCCAGAAUACCAACUUGGAGCCUGCCAUCAAAGUCACAGGCAAGAUGGCUCGACUUGUUGACUGGAACGUGGAUGUGCUUUGUCGGUUGCUCAAGCAGAUUGCAGCUCGUAGAAAGGCAGCAGAACUCAGCAAGUCGGCACUCAAGAACAGCGUGAGGGAUCAGGAGGCACAUACAGGAAAAGACGGCGGAGUCAUUGAGGAAGUGGCUGAGGUCAUUGAACUCCCCUUGUUCGAUGCAAAAGCAGCUGCACGACAGCCAGGCAUUGAAACCAUUGAACUUCCGUCUGAAGUGCAGAGGCAGGUGAAGCAGUUCGUCACCAAGAUAUGCUCCUGCUAUCGACCCAACCCCUUCCAUAAUUUCGAACAUGCAAGCCAUGUUGCGAUGAGUGCCGUGAAACUGCUCUCUAGAAUUCAGAGAUGUGACGUGGAUAUCUUCGAGCAGGAAGGAGAGGGAACUGUUGAUUCCAUGAAAAGGGCAUCCAUGCAUGACCACACAUACGGCAUCACCUCGGAUCCGCUUACUCAGUUUGCUUGUGUGCUUUCUGCCCUCAUCCACGAUGUUGAUCACCCUGGAGUGCCCAACUCACAGCUUGUGAAAGAGGGCUCACCGAUGUCGGAGAAGUACAAUGGGACGAGUGUUGCUGAACAGAACUCUGUUGACCUCAGUUGGGAGCUUCUGAUGAGUUCACAAUACAAAGAGCUUCGUUCCGCAAUUUACGGCAACAAGCAAGAGUUGUCAAGGUUUCGUCAGCUCCUUGUGAACGCCGUGAUGGCAACCGAUAUCGUCGAUAAGAAUCUUAAACGCAUGAGAGACGCACGCUGGGAAAAGGCAUUCUCGGGAGAGCAUAUUGAUUUUGACGGGCAGGAAGGAGUGAACCGCAAGGCCACCAUUGUCAUUGAGCAUCUACUUCAAGCAAGUGACGUGGCGCACACAAUGCAGCAUUGGCACAUCUACAGAAAAUGGAAUGAGCGAUUCUUCCAAGAAUGCUACAAGGCUUACUUGGAUGGCAGAGCUGGGGACAAAGACCCCUCUGAAUGCUGGUACAGGGGCGAACUGGGUUUCUUCGACUACUAUAUCAUCCCACUUGCCAAGAAAUUGAAGGAUUGUGGUGUCUUCGGUGUCAGCAGUGACGAGUAUCUUAACUACGCGGUCCGGAACCGACAAGAAUGGGAGCAGAAGGGAAGACAAGUUGUCGAAGAGAUGGUCGGCAACGCAAAAGAACUGUUCAAUUAA